AUUUAAAUUAUGGAAGGUUAUAGCAAUCAUAGGAGAUUUAAAGAAAAUCUGAGCUCAAACCAAAGCAACAGAAAGGAAUUUAGAGGGUCUCAGAGUAAUUCUGACCUUCUGAAGUUAAAAUAAGUCCAAAAUUUUUGCUGAGAAUCCGACAGUUAGCAGAGAAAUUCUUAAAAAUGUUAAACUUUACAACAAAUCUGUACAUGAUCAGCAUGAAAAGAUUGAGAAAGCCGAGCCUAUGGAGGCUAUUUUUAAACAAUUUAAAAAGAGGAAGAAUACUAGCCAAAUGAGCCGUACCAACCACUCGUCUAGAAAGAAUAGCAUCCAAGGAGCCUCGAAGAUUCAGAAAUGAAGACUGACUAAGACUCAGGGAAAGAAUUUUUCAUAUCAAAAUUGAUCCUCCAAAAGAAGGCAGAGUCAGAAUAAUAUUCAGACAAAGAAGCCUAUCAGCUCAAAAAGUAGCUUUACCAGUAAGAAGAAGUCAGUCUCAAGGGUUUCCACCGAAAAUUAUUCAAAGGAGAUCAGUGUUGAGAGUAGGAAAAGUACAAGAUUUAAAGAGCAUAAACUAAAGCAAAGAGUUGGUGGAUUUGGCACCAAAGGCUAUUCAACUAUGCGUUCAAAUGUAUCCGUUAGCCCAGCAACAAAGAUAAAGACUUACACUGAAUCAAUGAAAGGGAGAAAGACCUCUAAACAGCUUAAAAAUGAGAGAUCCUAUCAGAGAACUCAAAAAUCAUCUACCAUCGUUGGGGAAGAGGAGUCCAAUAUGAGGUCACCCGAGCGAGAGGAAAUAUUAAGAAAUAUUCAAAUGACGGCAUUCUGGAUAUGCAAAAAUGAAUUGAAGAAGAACUUACAAUCUUCAAAUUUAAGCAAGUCCCGCUCUUCUCUUUUUACUUUUCUUGAAAAACAUGAGCUUAAAGAUGAUAAAGAAAGACUAGAGAGAGGCUACCUCCUACUCAAUAGGAAGGGUAGAAUUAUUCCAGCUUACAAAAGUGAGAUUAAAACUGAACAAACUAAUGUAAUUGCAUUUUGGAUCUCAGGUGGUAAGUAUCCCUCCCCUAACACUCUGAGCAAGGAAUUGCUCAAGAAAGUCAAAUCCAAAUUAUCUGAUAAGAUGGCCACUGGGAAGGGACUUUGAGCAAAAUGUGUACAGAAAUAUUCAAAAUUAAUGAAUUCGAAUUGUGAUAAAAUUAGCAUCAAUAGUACCUACAAAGUUGAGAGUACUUUAUCAGGAUCCUCUGAAGGUUAUACUAAUAUUCACUCUAAAAACUCCUUAUUAAGCCAGGGAAAUACUCAACGGACUGUUUAUAUAUUUACAUUAAUGAGAGGAGGAACAGCUAGAAAUACAUGUUCAUAUUGUGAAAUUUCUACCAAAGAAGGUAACGCCAAACCUCUCUGAAGUUCUUCUUCAAGAAGAUCCCGUAGUAGAAGCAACAAAGGUCGGAAGUCAUCAAAGCAUGCCUCUAAAGAAGCCCAGAGAGAAAGAAUUAAUAAAGAGAAACCUCUAUGCUCGAAGAAGACAUCAUUUGGUCAAGCUAUAAUAAGGGACAAUACUGAUCAAGAAAAUAUCCCGGUGAACUUAUUACACAAUAAGAAAAACAUUCCAAAUAAGUCGGUCAGGGAAUACAAAGAAAUGACAGGUUCUGAGAAGUGUAUGAAUCUCGAUGAAAUUAUGAACAGAAAACUUCACUUAAACAAUGGAGAUAAAUCGCCUAUUGAUCUAGACAAUAAAGAGAGCCAGAAAGCCAGUAAAAAUCAAAAGAUUGAUGAUAUUGCUAUUGUGCCCUCAAGUGUACCCCACUCAGAUUUUUCCAAGGAGAAAGUAGCAAAGAAGGAUCAACCCUUAGAUUGUCAUCUUAAUGAUGAAUAUCAAGAGAAUGGUAGAACUUAUGAAGAAUUUACUCAACUAAUUUCUAAAAAAUCAAAAUCUAGUCUAGAAUGAAUUAUGAAUAGAGAUUUAAUAGAUAAGCUAACUAACUGUCCCAUCCAAAGUGAUUUGAAAGUUGAAGUUGAGAAAGAUGAACUGUUAAAGAGAGAAAAUCAAAAUCAUUUAGCUAAUAUCUGAUAUUCUUCAAGUACUCCCAAUUCACGAAACACAAUUGAGACAACUGCUGAUAGAAAUCCUGAUAGUACUUCGUCAGAUAUUGCAUCUAAAGACCAGAAGAAAAAGUUUGAAAAUUAUAAUAGUAUUAUUCCUUCUCCAAGAGAGCAGCUAAAUAUUAUUCAACCCAAACCUCAAAGUAAACAUUACAGAAACCCAAUCACCACUCAGAAUACUGGUAACGGAGUAACUAAUAACUUCUGUGCAACCAAGAACUCCAACCCAAGCAUUAAUGAUAAAGCCAAUUUCUUGUCUGACUCCGAACCUUUUACAAAACACAAACGCCCAGAGCCUGUUGGCUUAAGAACAGACUCAGCUCGAAGCCAAGCCAAAAGUGUCAACAAACUGAGCAUUAUUCACUUAAAGCAGAAGCACUCCAGAAGGAACUCUAAAACUGACGCUUCAAAGUUCUACCAGAAACAUCAGCAAAGAAGGCUGCACGGUGGCAGACCGAGCUCAGCUAUAGACAACAAGCAAGCUAAAUCUGAAACAGUGAGACCAGGAAGUAGGAAACAGUCUAGUGACAAAUCUUCAAGACUUGACUUCAGGAAAGAACAUCACAGAGUCCCCAAUCUCGUGAACAGAGUCAUCGCCAUCAAAGAUAUCGUCAUCGGUAAAUAACCAAACUCUCAAGGUCGCCGAUACGAGUCUUCAGAGUCUGGGCUCCAUCAGCGUGAUAAACGAAGCAGGUGCUUCUAUAAAUCCUAAGAAUAUCAAACAACAUGCGAUACAAGACCAAGAUUGCAUUUCUGUGCCUGCUGAAGAGUCAUGUAUCAGUGGAACGAGUGAUUCUUCGAACUUCUUGAUGGUCAAUCCUCUGAAUGAGCGAGCAAGUGCUUACGGCUUCGACAACAUUCUAAGACCAACACUGAACUAAAGGCUAUACAUUGGGCAAUGCCUGUUUCAUCAACCAAACUAUCAGGUCUAACUUAAUGCUGACCAGUUCAAUGCUCAGGUUACAAACAGUGCAGCCCAAUCAUAAAUAAUAAGUUUUAUUAGAAAAAUUAAAUUUGA